CAUAACUUCCCCGAUCCCUCUUUGAUCUGUCAGACCCCCUCCCUCCCUGCGGUUUGCUUCUUCACCAUCGCCGCCUAUUUCUGGCCGCCGCCACCGCCGCUGCCCGUGGCAUCUCUUCACUCGAUCUCGCCACAUUCUCCCAAGUCUUCAUUCGGCAAUGGUCAACAACAUUCAUUCUCCCCUCUUCUUUUCGCGCGACGCACUUGAGUAGCCGCAGCUCGCAGAGAACAAUUGCGGUUCAAAGAAGGAACCUCUUCUAAAGGAGAAGUGCUUUUAUUAUUCGAAGUAAAAAACCUAAAUUACACUGAAAUAAUGUCUUAUUCCAAAGACGCGGAUCCAACCCUAGGCUACCUCACUCGAAAGGAUGCAGAGGUGAAGUUGCCACGACCCACUAGGGUGAAGAACAAGACUCCAGCUCCAAUUCAGAUAACUGCCGAGCAAAUACUUCGUGAGGCUCGUGAACGACAAGAAGCGGAGAUUAGACCGCCCAAGCAGAAAAUUACUGAUCCAACUGAACUUGCUGAUUAUCGUCUCCGCAAGCGUAAGGAAUUUGAGGAUCUUAUACGCCGUGUUCGGUGGAAUAUUAGUGUUUGGAUCAAGUAUGCUCAAUGGGAAGAGUCUCAGAAGGACUUCAAUCGGGCUCGUUCUGUUUGGGAGCGUGCUCUUGAAGUCGACUAUCGGAACCAUACCCUUUGGCUUAAGUAUGCAGAGGUUGAAAUGAAAAAUAAAUUUAUCAAUCAUGCAAGGAAUGUUUGGGAUCGAGCAGUCACCCUCUUGCCUAGAGUGGACCAACUAUGGUACAAGUACAUUCAUAUGGAGGAAAUGCUGGGUAAUGUUGCUGGUGCAAGGCAGGUUUUUGAAAGGUGGAUGGGCUGGAUGCCAGACCAGCAAGGUUGGCUCUCUUACAUCAAGUUUGAGUUGAGAUACAAUGAGGUUGAACGUGCUCGAGGCAUAUUUGAGCGCUUUGUUCAGUGUCAUCCUAAAGUUGGGGCAUGGAUACGUUUUGCAAAAUUUGAGAUGAAAAAUGGGGAAGUUGCAAAAUCAAGAAAUGUUUAUGAGAGAGCUGUUGAGAAGUUGGCUGAUGAUGAAGAAGCAGAGCAACUUUUUGUUGCUUUUGCUGAAUUUGAGGAGAGGUGUAAGGAAACUGAACGUGCACGGUGUAUAUAUAAGUUUGCCCUAGAUCAUAUUCCCAAAGGUAGAGCUGAGGAUAUCUAUAGGAAGUUUGUGGCAUUUGAGAAACAAUACGGGGAUAAGGAAGGAAUAGAAGAUGCUAUAGUGGGGAAGAGAAGGUUUCAAUAUGAGGAGGAAGUGAGGAAGAAUCCCCUAAAUUAUGACUCUUGGUUUGAUUAUAUACGAUUGGAGGAGGCUGCUGGGAACAAGGAGAGGAUUAGGGAAGUGUAUGAAAGAGCAAUAGCCAAUGUUCCUCCAGCCGAAGAGAAACGAUAUUGGCAGCGUUACAUUUAUUUAUGGAUCAAUUAUGCACUGUAUGAAGAAUUGGAUGCUGCAGACGUUGAACAUGCCCGUGAUGUAUAUAGGGAGUGUCUAAAUUUGAUUCCUCAUGGGAAAUUUUCAUUUGCAAAGAUAUGGCUAUUAGCUGCACAAUUUGAAAUACGACAGUUGAACCUAAAAGGUGCCCGACAAAUACUAGGCAAUGCAAUUGGAAGGGCUCCUAAAGAUAAGAUUUUCAAGAAGUAUAUAGAGAUAGAGCUGCAGCUGGGAAAUAUAGAUCGAUGCCGUAAAUUGUAUGAAAAAUAUCUUGUGUGGUCACCUGAAAAUUGUUAUGCAUGGAGCAAGUAUGCAGAGUUGGAGAGAUCUUUGUGUGAAACCGAGCGAGCCAGGUCUAUAUUUGAGCUCGCAAUUGCACAGCCUGCGCUUGAUAUGCCAGAGUUGUUAUGGAAGGCCUAUAUUGAUUUUGAGAUAUCAGAGCAUGAAUUUGAAAGAACCAGAGAGCUGUAUGAGAGACUUCUAGACAGAACAAAACACUUGAAGGUGUGGAUCAGUUAUGCCAAGUUUGAGGCAUCAGCUAUGGAGGAUGACAGCCGGCUUUUGGAAUUACCAGAAGACGAUGUGCAGGAACAUCUCCAUGCACGGAAGGAACAAUGUAUUCAACACACUAGACGUGUCUUCGAAAAAGCUGUUACUUACUACAGAAAUUCAGCACCAGAGUUGAAAGAGGAGAGAGCUAUGCUCCUUGAGGAAUGGUUGAAUAUUGAGACGAGUUUCGGUGAACUUGGUGAUGUCAGCUUAGUGCAGUCUAAGCUUCCCAAGAAACUUAAGAAGAGACGUCAAAUUGCUACUGAGGAUGGUCCGGCUGGGUUUGAGGAAUACAUAGAUUACAUGUUCCCGGAGGAAGCGCAAACUACAAAUCUCAAGAUCCUUGAAGCUGCUUACCGUUGGAAGAAGCAGAAAGUUGAUGAUAAUUAGUUUGGCCUUUCCUUCUUCACUCCCUGCCCUUCACAGGUGUUCUUGCUUGUGUACUUCGAAGAUGGGUUUUGCUGCAGAAACUGGCAAGUGCCUCUUAUAAGAUACUCAUGGGACGAUGGAAUCGCCCGAGGUGACUGGUAAUCAUAAAUUGUAUGCACUGAAUUUAUAAAGGCUAAAUGUUAGUUCUUGGUGUACAUGGAAAUUCGUAGAUUUUUCUUUUAGCAAUUUGUCCUGAUCAGCUUUAGAUUACUUGACAUGACAAUAACAUAAAUUGGAUUUUAGUUAACUGUGUUGCAUUAAUCAAGUAGGAAGGAUGUGUCUUGGAUUCAAUUGUGUUCACCUAUAUUGGAUAAGAUGGAUUCAUUGAGUACAUGUAUGAAAAUCAAAUCGUUACAA